AUGGGGCUAGGUCUUUUCGGGGUCCGCAAGUACCAGAAGAGUACGGAGCUUCUGAUCCGCAAGCUUCCCUUCCAGCGUCUUGUUCGCGAAAUCGCCCAGGAUUUCAAGACUGAUUUGAGGUUCCAGAGCCACGCGGUGCUCGCACUUCAGGAGGCUGCCGAGGCAUACCUUGUGGGUCUCUUCGAGGACACCAACUUGUGCGCAAUUCAUGCCAAGAGGGUUACUAUAAUGCCCAAGGACAUUCAGCUUGCUAGACGUAUCCGGGGUGAACGCGCAUAAGUCUCCGCGGAGUUGAUCGAUAGUUAAUUUAGGUUAAUUUAAUUACUAUGGUAUGAUUUUGUUUGAAGCCUUCUUUUAUUGUUAUAAUAUGUCCUGAGGGUAGGGCAUUGAUUUAGACAAUUGUUUGGGAUUAUCUUUUGUUCUUAUUACAUGGGGUUGUAAAUUAGCAGAUUUAAGUAAGAAUUGCUUUUUGCUCAUUUGUUUA